GGCCUUGAUGCCCGAGCAGAUCACGGAGUACAAAGGGAUCUUUGAGAUGUUUGACGAGGAAGGGAACGGCCUGGUGAAAACCGACGAGCUGGAACGGCUCAUGAGUUUGAUCGGCAUCAACCCAACCAAGAGGGAACUGAUCUCCAUGGCGAAGGAUGUCGAUAAAAACAAUAAGGGCACCUUCAACUGUGAUGCAUUCCUGGAGUUGAUGGGCAUCUACCACGAGAAGGCAAAAAACCAGGAUGAAGAAUUACGUGCAGCCUUCAAAGUCUUUGAUAAGGAGCACAAGGGCUACAUUGAGUGGAACACGUUGAAGUACGUGCUGAUGAAUGCCGGAGAGCCACUGAACGAACAGGAAGCCGAGCUCAUGAUGAAAGAAGCCGACAAGGAUGGAGAUGGGACCAUAGAUUACGAAGAGUUCGUGGCCAUGAUGACGGGCGAAUCUUUCAAACUGACUCAGUAAAGGUUCGUGGAAAAAAAGGAUUCUGGAUACAGGCCCCCCUUCUUCCACCGCCUUCCUCCACCCACCCCUCCGCCUGCUUUUUCUCCAUGAAACGUAAAUAGCCAAAAAUAGCCCACGCCUUCUGGUGUACGGAGCUGAAAUUAAAUAUUGAUCUCGCGUCUCGGCCUCCCGAAGGCAUGACGGUGGAAGCACAGAGAACGGAAAGGGGAGACCCACUUCUUCCUGCCUCCUGACAGUACAGAUUUCAGCGGCUUUAAGAGAAUCCUCCAGGCUUGCAGGGGAGCGGCGACUCAGCCAAGGAAAAACUGGGCCGGAAGAAAGCACAACAGAUCCCAUCGUCCUCCGUUCUUUGGGACAGGCUCGCUCGCUCUUUUUCCCACCCGCAGCCAACCAAGAGCAGUGGCGUGGUGGGGUCCACUGGGAAGGGAAGCUGACCUGGAAACUGGACAAUUCACCCUUGCUUAAGA